AUGAACAGUGGAGGUAAGAGCGUUUCGAACAAAAACUCAGCGGGCUCGGUAACGGAGGUUGGCCCGGGCUCAACACAGGAGGAGACCCCUAGAGAUGUCCGUCUUUUGCACCUGCUCCUCGCAUCACAGUCAAUUCACCAAUAUGAAGACCAGGUGCCGCUACAAUUGAUGAAUUUUGCACACAGAUACACACAAGGCGUUCUUAAGGAUGCGUUGGUUUACAACGACUACGCUGGCAGUGGGAAUUCUGCUGGCGGUGGGUUAGGCGUAGAAGAUAUACGGCUUGCCAUUGCUGCGAGAACCCAAUAUCAGUUCAAACCUACGGCACCCAAGGAGCUUAUGUUACAGUUAGCCGCAGAGAGGAACAAGAAAGCGCUACCCCAAGUGAUGGGUACGUGGGGUGUCAGGCUUCCGCCGGAAAAAUACUGUCUCACAGCGAAGGAGUGGGACCUUGAGGAUCCAAAGUCUAUGUGA